CCGCGGCGGCGGUCGGGCGCCGCGAGAUGGCCGACCUCAUAACGGGCAACUACUCUAACUACAGUCUGUACGAAACUUUCGUGCUCGAUAACUUCACGUACCCGAACCUCACGCUCGUCGAUUAUGUCGCGGAUCAAGUGGCGAGCUCGCUGAACAUCUACUACACUCCCAUGUUAGUCCUUCUCGGACUUCUGGGAAAUGGAAUGUGCGUUUCCGUCUUUUUCACCAGCAAGCUCCGACUGCAAUCGACCAGCCAGUACUUGUCCGCGUUGGCGAUCUCAGAUUCCGUAUUUCUAGUUCAGCUUCUGCCCCCGUGGUUGAACGCGUUGGGUAUAACGGGGGUUUUCCACGAACCGGGCUUCUGUCAAGUUUUCGUAUACACCUCGUACGUGACGAGCUGCUUGAGCGCGUGGCUGGUGGUGGCGUUCACGGUGGAGCGGUUCGUGGCCGUGCUGUACCCGCUGCGCAGGAACGCCGUGUGCACGGUGGCGCGCGCGCGGCACGUCAUCGCGUCCAUCGUGCUGGCCUCGCUGCUCAUCAACCUGCCCGUGCUGCGCUUCGCGACGCCCACGACCAACGACUGCAACAUCGACUACAACUACCUGGAGCACGCGGCGCGGUUCAACAUCAUCGACACGGGCGUCUCGUUCACGCUGCCGCUGCUGGUGAUCGUGGUGCUGAACUCGUGGAUCAUGGCGGGCGUGUGGCGGCUGGAGCGCGCGCGCACGCAGCUGGUGAAGGCGGAGCGGCCGGCGGGCCGGCGCGUGGCGCGCGUGGUGGGCUGCCCGCGCUCGCAGAACCGCAUCACCCGCAUGCUGCUGAUCGUGUCGUCCGUCUUCGUGGUGCUGAACCUGCCCGCCUACACGAUGCGCAUCCUGGCGUACGCGCUGCACAUGACCACAAACGACUACAGCGGGCGGUGGUCGGCGCUGCAGCAGGUGGCGAUCCUGUUCUUCAACAGCAACUUCGGGAUCAACUUCGUGCUGUACUGCCUGAGCGGGCAGAACUUCCGGCGCGCGCUGCUGCAGACGUUCCCGUGCCUGCGCCCGCGCGCGCGCCGCGCCGUCGCGCUGCGGCGCCCCACCGCCUACCACCCCGCGCGCGCCAGCAGCGUCGUCUCAACGUCGUUCGUGAGCUGCACGGAGGCGACGACCAACUGCGCCGUGGUGAGCGUGGGCCCGUCCCGCCGCGAGCGCUUCAUCAGCCGCUGGACCUUCGACAACUCGCGCCACCGCCAGCCCGGCCUCGGCCCUGCUCCGCCGACAUCUGAACGUAUAGAACUACAAAACUUUCCAACCAACUGAUGUAUCUGUCACCACACAGUGGUGAGCAGUCAAAAAACCAGAACACAACCAACACGUGAAGAGUUAUACAAUUAAAUACCUACUAAUACAUUACGAGUAUGUAUUUUAAAAUACAUCUAAGUAUGAGUCUCAAAUAUCACACGCCGCAUCUGUGGCUAGGCGAUGUCUGCGCUCAUCUCUGUGCUGUGAUUAAUUACACUGGGCCGUGUACUUUCGCUGUAUUUUGUUUAUUAUGUAUACUUAUCACCGCUUGAAAAAAAUAUGUGUACUAUUUAUAUUUAUGUAGCUUCUACAUUAUCGAAUUGAUGUUGUACCUAUUUAACAAUACAAAAUAUGACAUAUAUAAUAUAUAAUAUGUACUUAUACGUUUUAAGGACGUGGAACUGGAAUCCUCGCUAUUUGUUAACCCAAAUAGACAAUUUAAAUUCAUACAAACGAUAAUUUCAAUUGUGUGUGAUUCAAGAUUUAAAAUUUUACAGAGAAUAUAUUUUAAAGACAUAAUACUCGUAGUUCUAAAUAACAGGUUAAGCGAUAGGCUGGAUUCUUAUUUAAAUAUGUAUUGCCCGUAUUCACAAACGAUACUUGCUUAAGUGAAGUAGCAAAUCGAAUGCACAGCGUUGUAUAGAGCUCUGUGAUUGGUGUCUGUGAAUACGGGCGUAGGUAUGUCUCUUACAUAAGGAAAAUGCAUGUUAUUCAAAUGUAAAUGUUUGUAUGUACACGGCCCAGCAUUAGAGUACCUGACUGACCGGCACUUUGCCGCACGUGUGUACCUACCAAAGACGAAGUCUUACACUAUGUGAAGUUUACACUUCAUUUGAUGUUUUAUAAAACUUUAUGUACCUAGUACAUAAUAUGGACGCUGAAAUUACCAUUGGCAAACAAUUUCUUAAAACCAAAAUUAAA